ACGGGAACCGUCACAACCAUUAAUUAACAAACAUAACAUGAAGUCUCUCUGUGGGAGUUUGCAUAGCAGUGGUGGAUGCGCUCAUGUACUGUCUGCUCUUGUGGAUUCGAUAUGAAGAUGUGACAGCAACCGGGCCUUGUGCUGCCCCAGGCUCUGUAGACUGGAGCCAGGCCAAAUGCUCACAUUCCUCCCACUGUUCCCUGCUGUACAAGCUUCAGAAACAGGCUGGGCACUGAUUUGAGAUCAGUUUGAUGUGGUACAACAGGGCAUAGCAGCCAAAAGAGCAGUAUAGAGAGAAAGAGCUUUCACACACCCUUCACUCAAACAACAUUUCCCCACCUCUCUUUUUCUCUACCUCGUUCACUUUUGUGUGCUGGAGCAAGGGCAGAGCGUUCCAGACGGAUUUUACAGACACAUCAGGGGUGGACAUUCAAUUCCUCUGCUCUGAUUGCCACAGAAUAGCUCAUUCUUUCAGCCCAAGCUGUGUUUUUCUCUGUGCAAACAGAAGAGUUGUUUGGUCACAGGAAUUCCAGGUCACAAGCAUGACUUCACCUGUGACAGAUUCAUUUCCUCUCCAGGAAUGAGACCUGUGGCACUGACUUCAAGAGGAACCGAAGACAGUAACAGGGACUUUUUAGAGUUCUUUUUGGAAAUGAUGGGGUUGUUGUCACUGGACCGGAGUGCUCUUCUGGUGGUGGCCACUCUUUUUGGGAUGUACCAGUUUGCAGAAGGCGGAUGCUCAGGAAGGUGCUGUGAAGGUACAGAUUUCACCUGUGCCACUACUGACUGGAGGAUGGACCGUGUCUAUGGGAUGUGUUAUUGUGAUGAGAAGUGUUUAAAGACUAAAGACUGCUGCUUUGACUACCCAACAGAGUGUCCAGCUCAGCCGUGUGUAGUGAGUGAGUGGAGUCAUUGGAGCGGGUGCGCACAACCCUGCCAGCCCUCAUUCCGGGUCCGGAGACGUAGCGUUGAGAAACUGCCCCAAAACAGCGGACAGGCCUGUCCGAGGCUGGAGGAACAGGCCGGAUGCAUGGAGUAUCAGGACCACCAGGGACAGUUUUGCGCUUCUGUGCAAGGAGCAGCAUUUAUAACAACAAUGGAGUACAGCAAAGGCAGAACACAUGAUUUGUAUGGGGCCCCAGUGGAUGCUGGCUUCUGUAUGGAGUUCAAGAUGGAGUCUCUGACAGCGCAGUGCAUGGUGGAGAACAGGCCCUACACGCGCUGGAUGCAGUACUUGAGGGAGGGCUACACUGUCUGUGUUGCCUGCCAACCUCCGGCGAUGAACAACCACAGUCGGAGCUGCCAAGGAGACGGUAACCUAGCUGAGAGGGAUGAGCUUCUACACUGGCAGGCAGUGGGAAGCCCUCGCUGCAGAGGAACAUGGAGGAAAGUACAGAGACUACAGCACUGCUCCUGUCCACAUGUGCACAGCUUAAUUUUCAUUUAAACCCACCUAAGAUGAU